GCUGUGCUAUCCACACUCUCGUUUCCGUCAAUCCAAAUCUUCCAAUAUGCAACGCUUGUUGUUCGUUCUCUUCCUGGCUAUCUUGUGGUCCCUAUUCGUCUCCGCAUCUUCGCCUCUGGUCACCAUUAAGAAUGGCACUGUCCAAGGUCGUCACUCCCCCGAAUGGAAUCAGGAUUUCUUUCUAGGCAUCCCUUACGCUCAGCCCCCUCUUGGUGACUUGCGAUUCAGAUGGCCUCAAUCCAUUAACACGUCCUUCGAAGGAGUCUUCGACGCUUCUCGUUAUGGAUACAGUUGUUAUCAAUACGGAAGCAAUUUCAAUCUGAGCGAAGACUGCCUGACCAUCAAUGGGCUGACUCUAGGCAGCACAGCCGAUCCCCAGUACAAUCUAAGUGGCAUCGUGGAAACCUCAACCCUGACCGACAAUCCAUUCAUUGCGGUCAGUCUGAAUUAUAGACUCGGUGUGUGGGGUUUUCUUAACACUCCCAUCGUUCAUGCCGAGGGCUCUUCCAACGCGGGUCUACUUGACCAAAGGCUUGGGCUUCGAUGGGUUCAGGAGAACAUAGCCUCGUUUGGUGGUGAUCCUACACGAGUGACCGUGUGGGCAGAAAGCGCUGGAGCCCAGAGUAUUGGCUUUCACCUGGUCAGUUAUGGUGGCCGCGACGACAAUCUCUUCCACGCUGCUAUACUGGAGUCUGGAGGUCCGGAAGGUGCUAGUCUGAACACUUUGCCAUUUUAUUCUGCUGCCACGGACAACCUGACGAGGACGGUGGGAUGCCCUAGGACGUGGACUGACCCCUCACAGCUUGUCUGUCUCCGAAACCUGAGCUCAGAGGCAUUGUUUGCUUCGAACUACACUGUCGUCUGGAACCCAAUCGUCGAUGGCGACUUCUUGACAGAUUAUCCGUCGUCUCUCUUAGCACAAGGCAAAUUCGUUCGUGUGCCGUUGAUUACAGGUGCAAACACGGACGAAGGCGUCAGUUUCAGUGUACAAAAUCUUAACACUACGACUGAUGUCUACAACUCUCUCUUCUACUGGCGCAACUACGCCUUGUCUCCUGCUAGCAUCCGCAGACUAUUGCAGCUUUACCCUAACAAACCUGCCACAGAGCCACCAUACUCUAAUCAUGCAAAUGUCACAUAUCCUGCAUUUGGACAGCAAUGGCGACGCUCUGCUGCAAUCGGAGGCGAUCUCGUCAUGAUAGCACAACGACGCAAGAUGGCAGAGCUAUACACAAAAGCUGGCCAGAAAGUCUUCUCAUAUCGUUUCGAUACACCUUUAUACAACGCCACCCCACCUGGGUCUGUAAAACACUUUGACAACGUCAUGUUCAGCUUUCAGAACAUCUCGGGAGCUAUGGGACCAUUGCCACAGUAUCAGUAUUAUAAGACUCUGAGUACUGGUAUUGGCAAGCUGUAUGCCAAUUUUGUGGGCACACACAAUCCGAAUGGGAACAAUGCAACGAAUGGUACUGGAUUGCCUUACUGGCCUCAGUACAGUAUUGACGCGCCUACAAACUUGGUAUUGAAUGCCACUGCUAGUUAUGUCGAAGCAGAUACGUUCCGUCAAGAAGGCAUUAGCUUUAUCAAUGGCAUUUGGCGAGAACUGCUGGCA